AUGGGACUGUCUUCUGCCGUCUUGGAAGUGGAAGUCGCACACAGUUCAGUGACCGUGAGCCAAGGACAGUCGGCCAUACUUCCUGUCUGGUAUACAUCCACCAGCAUCAGUGCGCCCUUUGUCACCUGGCACCGGGAAAGACCUGGGGAGCGUUUUCAGAUCCUGGCUUUUAUGUAUGGGACAACCAAAGUGGAAGACCCCGAUCUCAAGCAACGCCUUGGAUUUUUGUUCCCUAUGCCUUUUCACAAUGUCUCCAUUGUCAUUAAUAACACCAAAGAAAUGGAUUCGGGCCAAUACAUGUGCACGGUGAACGUUCCGGAUGACAGUACGGUGAAUGGGAGAAACAUUGGACUUGUUAACCUCACUGUUCUAGUUCCACCAUCUCCACCAAAGUGUCAGAUUCAUGGCAGUGCCCAGGUUGGAAGCAAUGCUACCAUGUCCUGCAAAUCUGCUUUUGGAAAACCUGUCCCAGUUUACCAUUGGCAGCGGACUGAGCCCAGCUCCCAGUUUUUCUUUGCACCCGCACAAGACACAAAGAAGGGAAUCCUGACUCUGACAAAUCUUACUAUCGAGAUGUCCGGGGUGUAUCUCUGCAACGCCUCCAGCAUAGCUGGCCAUUCCAACUGCAUGCUUACUCUGGAAGUGCAUCCACCAUUCAAUACAGCGGUGGUGGCUGGUGCAGUCGUGGGAACCCUCCUUGGACUUGGCCUGAUCAUCUUUUUUACACUUCAGAUGUUUGUCUACCAAAAGAAAAAGAAAGAAGCCCAAGAGGAAAUAGCCAAUGAGAUCAAGGAAGAUGCUGUAGCCCCCAAGACGCUCACCUGGGUGAAAAAUUCCAGCACUGACGGAGUCUCCAAAAAUGGCACGUUGUCAUCCAUGAACACAACUCGGGAUCAGAAACCAUACCCAGUCCAGGCCCCCUCAGACACAGCCUCCAUCACCACUGCAGCAGGAAGCAUGGUGGGUUUUAAGCCCCCAUUCGCCAACCCCAGAAAUGGAACACUCACACCAACGCCCAGCCUUUCCAGCCAAUCGCUCCCCCUCUACUUUCCACCCGUGGUCAAUGGGGUCCAGUGCCAUCAUGCCAAUGUGCCCAUCCACAGGAAUACCCUCCACCGGACAAACAGGGCUCAGCCACAGGCCCCGCAGCAGCAGGAGCCCCCUGUCCCCAAUUCUCAGGGGUUAACUGCCUCCACUCUAAAUCGCAUGGGAGCAGUGCCUGUCAUGGUGCCUGCUCAAAGCCAAGCCGGAUCUUUGGUGUAAAUGUUCCUAACUCCAUAGCUCUCUAUGUGGCAAACAGUUUGACUUGUCGCAAGCAAUGCCGAGAGACAUUGUUACAUCGUGCUGCUUUGCCAGCCUGUCUGCAGAGGUCCAGGGUCUGUCUGUGGGGUGGUUUGUUCUUCAAGUGACCAAUUGUCAAGACUUUGCCAUAAGUGAGACUUACGGGAACUUCUGAAAAGGACUUUUUGGGUAACCGGAAGAGCUUCUGUUUAUCUGUCAAAUCUUAUGCUUCUUGGUGCACCAGCCCUAUUCCAUCUCCUCUGGGGAUCUACCUAACAGAGACUAGGUCUAACUGGAUUUUUUAAAAAUUGCUUGUUCUCUACCUUGAUUCUUAAUGUUGAAGAAGAAAGGCAGGCUGUGAUUUACUGUCUUGGUUUAGAAUAAAGCACCAGGAGAUAGACCUGAUGUCUGUAAGCAAAAUGGGGCAUUCUACCCCAACACUUUCCAAGAACUAGCCCAAACAAAGGGAGAGCCUCCAGGCACUUAGGAAAGUAAAGUAAAGAUAAUUGAAACCUACCUGGCUCCAUAUCAGCAAUCUACACAUUCUGGAAACCUGCACAAAUCAAGAAAGUAGUAGAAUCUCAGCUGAUGUCGGGCUCAGCCCAUGAACAACGAUGAGACAGCCCAGUUGAGUAAAGGCCCUUUAUUUGCUUACACCUUAUAGACAGAAUCUUGCCAGACUAAAUCUAUACUACUGCACUCCCCCUGCAGACUAUG